AACAGUGGUAUUAACGCAUAGUACAUGAAUGAAGAGGCAUAGAUCAAUUAUAAAAUAGGAGAGUGAUAAGAAUUUGAACGGGAGAGUAGUUGUGUCUGUGCAAACAGACACAAAAAGUUAUCAAUUCUUCCCGACAAGAAAAAGUAGCUUUUAAUUCUUUUAAUACUUUCUUCAGUGUCUAUUUGCACAGACACAAAGGGUCAAAAUGGUUUUGCUGAAACUAUCAAUCUUGUUGUGUAUGAUAUUGUUUAGCCCUUCCCUUUCAGGGGCUACUUCUCCCACCAACAUAUUCAUCCUGGCCGGUCAGAGCAACAUGGCUGGUCGAGGUGGGGUAGAGAAAAUUCAAAACGGGAAACUUGUGUGGGAUGGAAAGGUCCCAUUGGAGUGUCAAUCCGACCCAUCCAUCCUACGGUUGAACCCUGAGCGCCAAUGGGAGAUAGCACAUGAACCUCUCCAUUUGGGGAUUGACAUUAGUCACACUCCAGGGAUUGGUCCGGGGAUACCGUUUGCUCACCAGUUUAAAGAAAAAGCUGGACAAAAGGCAGGCACCGUGGGUUUAGUUCCUUGUGCUAGAGGUGGCACUUUAAUUGAACAAUGGAUAAAAAACCCUAGCAAUCCUAGUGCAACUUUUUACCAAAAUUUCAUUGAACGAAUUAAAACAUCAGAAAAAGAAGGUGGAGUUGUGCGUGCUUUGUUUUGGUAUCAAGGAGAAAGCGAUGCGGCUAUGAAUGACACCGCUCAAAGAUACAAAGACAACUUAAAGAAGUUCAUCACCGACAUCCGCAAUGAUAUAAAACCUAGAUUUUUACCGGUCAUUAUUGUUAAGAUAUCCAUGUAUGACUUUUUUAUGAAGCACGAUACUCAUAACUUGCCGGCAGUGAGAGCAGCUGAAGAUGCAGUCCAAAAAGAGCUUCCAGACAUCAUUACUAUCGACUCUCGGGAGUUGCCUAUAAACUUGACCACAUUUGAAGGCUUUUCGUGGGAUCAUGGUCAUUUUAACACGGAAACAGAAAUUGUUUUGGGUAAAUGGUUGGCAGACACAUAUCUCGCCCACUAUGGUCAUUUACUUUGAUCUUAUUAUGUGUCAUUCUCAUCUCUAUUGAUUGAUCUAUUAUUCUAUCUCAAUAAAAACAUAUAAAUUUGAACCUUAACAUAC